UCAGUUAAGUGAUAUUGACACUGGAAAUGCGCACAAACAACACAAUAAAGAUUCAUUUCCGAAUCCAUACUCUAAUGGAAGUGAUUUUAUAUCGAAUCAAGAUAACAAAAUUAAUUAUAUUCCUCCCAAUCAACAUGGAAAAAUGUUUAUCCAUCAAAGAGAGCAGCUUCCAUUUAAACAUAAUGAGCAAGAUCCAAAUUAUUUAGCCCCCGUCAUUCAAAAAAGAAAACCUAUGGAUAAGGAUCCACGAAAUCCACUGAAACGACUUAAAUUUUUGCAGGAAUUUCCUACUCAAUCAUCAAAGGGGGAUCUUGACGAUUUAAAAUAUCCAACACAGUUAGAAGGGCGCCACGAUUCACCCAAAUAUGAUAAAACCUUUCAUACCGAAAUACAUGCAAAUAAUGAAACAGAUUCUCAAGAAUUGGAAAAUAUAAUUUUAGAAAAGAACUUGCAAGAUUCUAAAACAGAAUUCCAAGAAAAUCGUGCAUCGCAACCAAAGAAUAUGCAUUCGUUCCAAAUUCCUGAAGCAAUCGAAUCUCAUUUUAAUAACAAAGAAUUGCAGAAUGAGAAUGAUUUACAUAAAGGACUGAAGCAACAAUAUCGAUCUGGAUCCGAACAGGAUAAGUCAGGACCAGAGAAUGUACGCGAAAUUGCAUCCAAACUGAUCCUCCAGUGGGCGGAAAAUCAGCGCAGUUUAUUAGAUUCCUUCGUGAAGGCGAUCACCGACGUAUUGAAAGUUCAUGAUUCUAAGCUGAAUAUGAAAAUAAAUAUCAGCCCUCGAGAUAUAAUGAUUUUAAAAGAUAUGCUCAAACAAUUACUUGAAUCAAUAAUGCAAUUGAGAGAAGGUAGCACCAGCACACGUGCUAGGAUCGUAUUAAACAAGUGGAUAGAGACCCAAAAAUCACUAAUUGAUUCAUUUUCCCAAGCUAUUCAAAAUACAAAUCAAAAUGUGGACAACAUUGCCAAUGUAUAUGAGGUCAUGGAAAAUUUAAAUAAAAACCUUAGGGAACUGGUAAUUCUGCUAAGCGACAAGGAAAGUUUCCCAACAACAGAGAGUAGUAGUUCCCAACAAACUACUAGCAUUUAUGCAACUACUACUUUCUAUCUAACAUCAAGCACAUUUGGCUCAACUCAUCCUAUUGUAGACGAAAAUAUCAAUCGUGUUAAUAUCAUGGGAAAUUUGAUAAAGGGACUAAGAAAUAUUAUGGUUCAAAUGGAUGAAACAAAUAAAACUUCAAGUUCUACUUCUUAUACCACAACGGAAAGUACCUAUAUUCAACCGAGUACAUCCACAUAUUUGAACGCGGAGGUCACUACUUCCCAUCCAACUACAAGCACAUAUGAAGUUACAAAUAUAAUAACCGACGAAAGUAAAAUUAAAGACAUGUUUAAUUUGAUUAAAGGUAUAGAAGACCUAAUUAGUCAAUAUAAUGGCAAACAUAAAUUUACAAGUACCACCAGUUUAACUGGGAAAAGCAAUAGCCGAGAGCCAACGAUGACCACUUAUUCCUCAGCUGGUGGUAUUACAUCCCAUUCCUUUACAACCACUUCACCGAAAACAGUGACUACUUCUUCUAGUCAUUCAACAACAGAGAGUUCGCCUAGUCAUCCGACAACAAGCAACUAUGAAGUCACUGUUUUUGAUCAGGAUAGCCAUAAAUUUAAGGUUAUGAAAAAUUUGAUCAAAGAACUUAAAGGACUGAUCGAACAUUUCAGUGAUACAAAAAAUAUUACGAGUACAACCUAUUCAACAGGAGACAGCAAAAGUUUCCAGCCAACCGCUACGACUCCUGACUCUACAGACAGAUCUUCCUCCCAACCAAUUACAUUCCCCGAGUCGACAACAUCGACGACGAACUUACAAUCAACUAUUACUAACCAUUUGUCAACAGAGAGUACGAGUUCUCAGCUUAAUACUACUCUUUCUAUAACAGGAACCACUACUCCCAAUCUAACUACAAGCACACAUGACUUUAAAGACCAGAUUAAUGACGAUGAUUCUAAAAGUCUGAAACAUUUAAUUAAGAUACUUUCAGACCUGGUAUAUUCAUUAAAUGAUAAGAAUAAUAUAAAAAGUACCAGCCAGUUAACAACAGAGAGCACAUUUAAUAGUUCAAUUAACAUCACCAAUUCAACGACUGUUGCCUCAUCAACUUUUUCAACAACAGAGAGUAUGGCCAUCCAUUCAACCCCUUAUCUUUCAACAAGAGAAAUCACGGUUUUCCAAUUUAACGAUGUAGAAAAUAUAAAUCCAAUUAUAUCCAACAAUUCAACAACUGUGACCACUAAUAUUCAUUCUAGUACAUAUACCACAUCAACAACAGAUAAUACAACAUCCUAUCCUAACCUUUCAACAACAGAGAGUUCCCCAACGUUUGAUUCGACCAUAUCUCACUCAAAUACAUCUAGUCAAACAAGAUCGCUUGGUUCAUAUAAAGACAAAAUCAAAAAUAUUGUAGAACUUUUAAAAAAAUUACGUAAGAUUCAGAAAACUUUAGCCGACAAGUCGAAGGGGCAACUUUCACCAAUGCUUAUAUCGAGAAUAAAAGCUGUACUUAAGCAAAUCGUCGCGGGUAAUAUUGAUUCAGUAAACGGCGAUUCAACUGAGUUGGAAAUACUUCUUUCCACAACAGUCAAUCCCAAUGAAGAUACUACCGAUUUGACGAUGGAAAAAUUGUUAAAGCUAUUCGAUGAUUUUGAAAGGAUGUAUAACGUAUUGUUGGAUGAUAGUAUUCAGAGUACUACACAAUCCACGACACAGAACAACACAAUUUUUUCAACGACAUACAGUACAAUUUUUUCUACAACCCAAAGCAUAUCAACAACUUCACCAACACAGUAUGCAUUAACGAGUUCCACACCAAAUACUUCAACAACAUCACAUUCUUCUACCCCAUCCUCAAUAAAUAAUCUAAGGAGUGAUGAAUCAAACAAUCACCAGCCAAUUGUAGACGCAAUUCAGCAAUUAAAGAUGGCAUUAUAUCAUGACUUUUAUGCUUUUAAAAAAUCUCAAGAGGAAAGAAUGGAAAAAAUUCUUCAACUUCUUAAUGGCAAACCAAUAGAUCGGCGGACAAAAACUAUUGCUAAACCGAGAACCAUACGAAAGAAAGUAAGCCGUGAGAUACAAAAAAGAAACAGCGAUGUUAAAGAGGAUAAAAUACACCACUACAAAGCAGACAAAUUUAUAAAAAACCCAAAAAAUGGAAAUCAAGAUAGUCACAUCCCUAAACCGAUUUUAAAUUCGGCAAGAUCGAAAAUAAAAGAUGUCCCAUUAAAACUAUCUGCUAUUAAAGUAAAUGGUGGACUAAAACAUUUGCCUUCAAAACGUAAAGCUAAUGAAGAAGUAUCUGCAAUGCAUGAGAUUUUCCCGGAACCCGUAUCAAUACUGCCACAUAAGUAAGGCUUUUAUCAACAUGUUUAUGUUGAAUAAUUUAUAUACGCGAUUUAAAUUUUCAGAGAGUCCUAUGAAUUACCAAUUAUCGACUUUCUUCCGUUUGGUU